CAAGCUCCCAACUAACUCGGCCACUUCUUUCUACUCUUACUAAUCUAUCAAAAGCAAGCAUGGCCGAAGCUAUGUGCGCUCUGUGUUCCCAAAGCGGGUUGGAUAGCGAUUUGAAGCGGUGCGCGAGAUGUCUGACAACAUAUUACUGCUCUCGUGAGUGCCAGAGGCAACACUGGAAGGCACACAAAGCCGAAUGCAUCACCAACGCUCAGAGAAUUUACGAAGUGCGCUCGAUUCCAGGCAAAGGCCAAGGAAUGAUAGCAAAAUGCAAGAUACCAAGAGGGACCAGGAUCAUAUCUGAGAAACCAAUCUUCAUAGUACCCCGCGGCGUGAAUGACAUGGACGCCCUGGAGAACGCCAUACUCAAGGACGUGGCAAGACUGAGCGCCGAGCAACGAAAGGCGUUUUUUGCUCUGCAUAACAUCCACGGGGAGAAACAUGACCCCGCUCUUGGUAUCGCACGUACUAACGCUCUCCCUCUCGGCGCCGGGGCGCUUGAAAGUGGGGUUUUCCUGCAAGCUUCUCGCAUCAAUCAUGCGUGUAGCAGCAAUGCGCAAAACACAUGGAACACAAAUACGAAGCAGUUGACGAUUCAUGCUUGCAAAGAUAUCAAUGCAGGUGAAGAGAUAUGUAUCUCCUACCUUGACAGCUCAGAGAAUUACGCUUCUCGGCAGCGGGACUUGAAAGCGGGCUUUGGCUUCGACUGUACUUGCAAGCUCUGUGUACUUCCACCCCCGCAGCGGCAGCAGAGCGAUGCACGACUGGACGAGAUCACCAAGCUUGACGACAUCGUUGGCGAUGGUAUGAGCAUAAUUGCCCGACCUAUGACUUGUCUGCACCACGUGCAUACCAUUAUCCAGCUUCUAAAGGAGGAACACUUUACCGACGCAAGAGUGGCACGAGCCUACUACGACGCGCUGCAAAUUGCCAUCGCGAAUGGAGAUCAGGCAAGGGCGAAGGUCUUUGCUGACAGGGCGUGUGCUGAGAGGGUGGUGCUGGAGGGAGAAGAUAGUCCGGAAGCGAAGAGAUUAAAGGGCUUUGGGGAAAAUCCUAGUACACAUAUGCUUUACGGGACUAAAAUGGGGUGGAAACAGGAUGUGAAGAAAGUACCUCGCAAUAUGAGUGCGACGGAUUUCGAGAGCUGGCUUUGGAGGAAGAAGCUCUAGUCAUACCCAGCAAGCUACCGUAGGGGGAAAACACUUAUCCACAUGAUGAGACAGCACUGAGAUGUUGUUAAUGGGGAGCUAGGGUUCAUAGUAUUUUCCAUUAUAUCGAGAUGACUGCCUGCAUCGGAGUUGCCGAUCCGACCAAAUGGUCACAUGUUGCAGGAGAUAGAGGAGAUGUAGACUUAGAGUGAAUGAUAUUGGCCUGAGC